UGCACGUGUCGGAAAUAUACAUUUCAGCAUGGCUUUGGAUCUGCUGUAGUUCACUGAGCACAUUUCAUUGCAGAUAAGGAAAACAUACUAAGAUUUUAGCUGUUUUGGUUUCGCUAAAAGGCACAUUUACUCCGGGGUAACAUUUGUUGGUGAGACCGAGUUGACGGUUGAUUUUAUAACGUUAAACGGUAACUAAGCGACGCAGCUCUGACGGUCCAACGUGGCUGGGGACGGUUAACAGACUUUACUUAGAAAAAUAUUUUACCGAAAGUGGCCACAAUGUCAGCGGUGAAGGAAAAGACAAAAGACUCGUCUGUUAAAAAAGGACCUGCAACUACAGAGAACAAAUACACAGUUAAAAAGAAGAGAAAACAGUGGAUGAAGGAGAAGUUUAAAAGCAUAAAGCCUCAACCCCAGAAACAGGAGAAAGCUAAAGUCCAGCAGGUGGCUCCUCCAAAGGAUGGCAUACAGUUCUCUGCUAACUGGAAGGCCUUACAAGAGAUGUUGAAGGCCAGUCAGCCGGAGAAGAAGCAGCCUGUGACACCAAAACCUCCCAAUGGUGCUCUGCUAAAGAAAGAGAAAACUACAAAAAAUAUUUCCAAGAACAAUCCUGGGCAGAAAGACACCGGGAAAAAAGAGAAGCAAAAAGCUGUUGUUGUUGCCCCUAAGGACUCUAAGGUGAACUCAAAGGGUCCAGCUGUCUCUGAGGUAAAACAGUCUGCUGCUCCAAAAAGGAAAAAGGACAGUGGGAAGAUGAACGGCGAGCAGCCAGCUAAGAAAAAGAAGAUGGAGAAGAUGGUGGAAGAGACAAAACCUACAAAACCUACAGAAGCGGACCUCUGGUUUGAUGAUGUAGACCCGGAUGACAUCGAGGCGACGGUGGGAGCUGAGGCAGCAGACAUAAUGAGGAAGAAGCAGGGCAUUCACAAGAGCAAUGACAUAGAGAGCUCCCUGGUCAAGGAGAAAGCCUUUGAGGGCCUCACCAGAGCCGUGGCCAUUGACUGCGAGAUGGUGGGAGUCGGUCCUGACGGAGAGGACAGCAUCUUGGCUCGUGCGUCCCUCGUGAACCAGUUUGGAAAAUGCAUCUAUGACAAAUACGUGAAACCCACAGAGAAGGUGACAGACUACAGGACAGCUUUCAGUGGCAUCAGACCAGAAGACAUCAUAGACGGAGAGGAUUUACCGACUGUGCAGAGGGAGGUUGCUGAAAUCCUGCAAGGCAGAAUAGUAGUCGGACAUGCCAUACACAAUGACUUAAAGAUUUUACUCCUGGAUCAUCCCAAAAAGAAAAUCCGGGACACUCAAAAGUACAAACCCUUUAGGAAGAUUGUAAAGAGUGGUCGACCAUCGCUGAAACUGCUUUGCAGAGAAAUACUCAACGUUAAAGUCCAACAGGGCGAACAUUCAUCCGUCCAAGACGCACAGGCCACCAUGAGGCUCUACACGUUGGAGAAAAAAAAGUGGGAAGCGGACAUUAAAGCUAGUCAUAAUAACAAAGACUCAGACAAGAAGAGGGUGAGAAAGCCAAAGUCCUCCAAGAACAAGAACAUGAACGUGAACAAGAUUCUCGUGGGAUUCUGAAUCCAAAACCAAUCUGCUAGGACACCUGUGGAUGAGCAGCACAGACUGAACUGAUCAGAGGUUUGGAAACAUGUUCAUAAAAAUGAGUUUUCAACGAGUGGCCCUCAGACAGGACAUCUCAGGAUGUGAAAGACUUGAUUGUUUUUGCACAAGACUUUCACAAAGCCAGGAGUGUUCUGCCUGAGCACCUCAGGAAGGAACUUGCACAGGAAGUGAAAGAUCUGAGAGAUAAUUUCGUCUUUUUCUUUUUUUAAACAUAAGCCGUUGCAUCUUACAUAUUCAAAGACCAUCAUUUACUUAGAUAUUUCCAUCAGUCGGCGGAAAGUGGAAACAUGAGAACUUCAGAAAAUGUUUCCACUAGCACACGAUCUUAUUUUUGCAUAAUGUUUCCAGUGUUAUAUAAACCGUGUGUUUAGAUCCUUGUUCGCUCAUAACUUUUGUUUGUAGUAUUGUGGUUCCUGGUUGCCUUAAUUGUUCAAAAAAAAGUAUGAAUUAAACAUGAGAGAAAUGUUUCUAUCUA